AUGGUGAUCGACUUCAGAAAGAAGAGUAAGCCUUCACAGCCACUGUGCAUGCUGGGAGAGGAUGUGGAGGAGGUGGAGGACUACAAGUACCUGGGCGUGAAAACACCAACGCUGUACAGGAAGAGGAUGAGCAGAAUCUACUUCCUCAGGAACCUGAGAUCCUUCAACAUGCGCAGCAAGAUGUUGGAGAUGUUCUACCAGUCUGUGGAGGCCAGUGUCUCAGUGACUGGUGGAAACCUGACCGUGGUGGAGGGACAUGAUGUUACUUUACCCUGCAAGAUGACUGAGCAGGAGAAGACACUCACUCAGAUAUCAUGGAGGAGGAAGACCAGAGGAAUGCCUGGGAAUCCUUUUUUUUUCACCAUUUCAGAAGAAAACGGUCAAAGUUUUGUCGAUGAUCCUGAUCCUCGAAUCAGUGUCAUUGGACAUUUUGCAGAGAGGGAUGGAACUCUACAAAUAUCCAAUGUUUCGUUAAAUGAUGAAGGAAGAUACAGGUGUAUUUUUUCUUUGUUUCCCAGUGGAACUUACAGUAAAAAAAUACCUCUACAAGUACAAGUCCCUCCAGCUACAAGCCUCAACUCCACCCUUCUUAUUUUGGGAAAUGAAGAAGUUCUUCUUGCCACCUGCACAGCUGCUGCCUCCCGGCCCGCUGCGCAGCUGCGGUGGAUCACUGGCGCUCUUGAGAAGAAUUUAAGGGAAACGACCAGCGUCACGGAGCACGAUAAUGGAACCACGACCACGGUGUCGUCGCUGUUUGGAGUGCCGAGGAGAGAAAUCAGCGGUCAUGAAGUGCAGUGUGUGGUCAGCAGCUCGGCCCUGGCAGAAGAACACCGCGAGGCUUUCACCUUACAGGUCUUCUUUCCCCCCAUGAACGUGACCAUCGUAGAAACGUCAGACGACACCCUUGAAUGUGUUUCUGAGGGAAACCCAGAGCCGAGCGUCAGGUGGACCAGAUCUGACAAGACUUUACCCGAGUCUGACUUCAGAGUUGAUGGUGGGAAGCUGACGUUUCUGCGAAAGGCUUCUGAACUGAAAGGCUUCUAUCAGUGUGAGGUUUCAAACCCAUACGGACAACAAAGCCAGCAGGUCUACUGGACUGUUGUUUCAGGUGAGGAUCCAGCCUCACACCAAGACUGCUAA